AUUCGGCCGCGCUCGCCUUUCCCUCCGGCCCGCCCGGCGCCUGCCGCGCCUCGAAGACCCACCCCGCGUUCUUUCCCUCCACGCUCUGCACGCCCCUCCUUCUCCCCCGGGUUUCGUCUGGAGCCCAGGCCCCGCCCGUUUCCCGCCUCCUGGGCCGGUUCGUUCCCGCCUCAGCCCGCCCCUCUCCGUGCCCCUGCUGCUUGUGCUGAAGGCGGAGGCUCCAUGUUGUCCCCUCAGCGAGCGGUAGCGGCUUCCUCGGGAGGAGCAGGUGUUGCCAUGGAGACCGGAAAGCCUGGACCAGUGCAGGUGGUUUUGGUUCAGAAAGACCAGCAUUCUUUUGAGCUGGAAGAGAAAGCUUUGGCCAGCAUCCUCUUGCAGGACCACAUCCGGGACCUCGAUGUGGUGGUCGUGUCCGUGGCUGGUGCCUUCCGAAAGGGCAAAUCCUUCUUUCUGGACUUUAUGCUACGAUACUUAUACUUCCAGAAGGAAGGUGGCCGUUCAAACUGGUUGGGUGACUCAGAAGAACCGUUAACAGGGUUUUCAUGGAGAGGGGGCUCUGACCCAGAAACCACUGGGAUUCAGAUCUGGAGUGAAGUUUUCACCGUGGAGAAGCCAGGUGGGAAGAAGGUGGCAGUCGUUUUGAUGGAUACCCAGGGGGCAUUUGACAGUCAGUCCACCGUGAAGGACUGUGCCACCAUCUUCGCUCUAAGCACCAUGACCAGUUCUGUUCAGAUUUAUAAUUUGUCCCAGAACAUUCAGGAAGAUGAUCUUCAACAGCUACAGCUCUUCACGGAAUAUGGUCGUCUGGCAAUGGAUGAAAUUUUCCAAAAACCCUUCCAGACACUGAUGUUUUUGGUUCGAGACUGGAGUUUCCCUUAUGAAUACAACUAUGGACUACAGGGAGGAAUGUCCUUUUUGGAUAAGCGUCUACAGGUGAAAGAGCAUCAGCAUGAAGAAAUUCAGAAUGUCCGAAAUCACAUUCACUCAUGCUUCUCCAACGUCACCUGCUUUCUCCUGCCGCACCCAGGGCUCCAGGUGGCCACAAGCCCUGACUUUGAUGGGAAAUUGAAAGAUAUUGCCAGUGAGUUCAAAGAGCAGUUGCAGACCCUCGUACCAUUUGUAUUAAACCCAGCUAACUUAAUGGAAAAGGAGAUCAAUGGCUCAAAAGUCACCUGUCGGGGGCUCUUGGAGUAUUUUAAGGCGUAUAUUAAAAUUUACCAAGGAGAAGAUCUGCCUCAUCCUAAAUCCAUGCUUCAGGCCACUGCUGAAGCCAACAAUUUAGCAGCUGCAGCCUCUGCCAAAGACAUCUAUUACAACAGCAUGGAGGAGGUUUGUGGAGGAGAGAAACCUUAUUUGUCUCCAGACAUUCUAGAGGAGAAGCACUGUGAACUCAAACAACUUGCUCUGGACCAUUUUAAGAAGACCAAGAAGAUGGGUGGGAAGGAUUUUAGUCUCCGUUACCAGCAGGAGCUGGAAGAGGAAAUCAAGGAACUCUAUGAGAAUUUCUGCAAACACAAUGGCAGCAAGAAUGUCUUCAGCACCUUCCGAACCCCUGCAGUGAUUUUCACAGGCAUCGUGGCUUUGUACAUAGCCUCAGGCCUCACUGGCUUUGUCGGUCUUGAGGUGGUGGCCCAGCUGUUCAACUGUAUGGUUGGACUGCUGUUAAUAGCGCUUCUCACAUGGGGGUACAUCAGGUAUUCUGGUCAAUAUCGUGAGCUGGGCGGAGCCAUCGAUUCUGGUGCAGCCUACGUGUUAGAGCAGGCUACUUCCCACAUGGGUAAUUCUACUCAGGCCGCCGUGAGGGAUGCGGUUGUUGGGAGGCCACCUGCGGAUAAAAAAGCUCAAUAGCAUCUUCAUAAGAGGAGCCAACGAGAACGCAGCCAGCCCCCACCGAUUUCUGGGUUUCUGUCACGGCCACGGGUCCAGUCCAGAGGAGCGCAGAUCUGGGAUCAUCCGGGAAAAGCUGAGACUCGGCAGUAACAAAUGAACAGAUAGACCUUUCCCAUGGCUUCCAAUUCUUAAACAUACUUCCAUUUCUGUUGGAAGCGUUUCUUUUCCUUGCUGAUCUAGAUCCAAGCCUGUGUCUAUUUCCUUAUUACUCUCUGCUUUGUGCACUUUAUGGGGGAGAAAGCGAAAGAAAAUGCAAAUGUGGUUUUAAAUCCUGUAUGUGCCACCUAGUGCCUUUUAAGAUUGAAUCCAGGCUUUUGAGGACAUGAGAGGGAGGGGAUUGAGGAUAACCUCACGGAAGAUACUGUUCUGGGGUGAAACCUGUCAGUUCUUUUUAUACCUUACUCUUUUUAAAAAGUUUACAAAACUUGCAGAAGUUUCGGAACAAAAAGGCUGAAAAUGAUGCCAUUACACUUUUAAAGUCUUAUGAUAUUAGAGAAUCCUGUUUGCCACAUAGUGUGGAAAAAUCGUAUCAUAUUGAAAUCUACCAUACGCUGAAAUUUACAGUCUUUUACCUGACAGGCUGACAGUUUUGUUGGGAUAUACUCUUAUUUUAUUUUAUUUUAUUUUUGCCUUCAUUCCUAUAGCUUCUUUCUAGAAAAGAGGCAAACAUGUCUUGAAAAGCCAGAGUGGCUCAUAAUAAAAGGGGUGAGCUUGAUAUUUUAAGAAAAAAGCUUGAGUUUAAAUGAACUAUGUGACCUCUGAUAAGUCACUUGAACUUGUGCCUUGGUCAGAUUCACUGUCGGUUUGUAUAGAUAUACGUAUUAUAUAUAACUCACAGUUACCAUUUGAGAGGCCUUGUUUUCAAGAGUUCUGCGUAAGAACAGAACUUUGUUAAGUUUUAGAGAAAAGACAUUACCAAACAUUAAUUGAUGUCCUGUUUCUUGUGGCCUAGCAGUAAAAUCAGGUCUUUAUCUAAAACAUUUGUCUUUUGCUAUGCACUAAUUUUUAAUAAUGAAGCUAAAAUUGUCAGUUUUGUUUAGUGAAUCUCCUUUAUUUAACUUUACGUGACUGGCUGGUAGCUUUAAAAUAGCUUUGGCUUAGUAAGGACCAAAGUCCCACCCAAAUAUGGGCAGUAUCUAGAAGUAGCCAAGAAAUCUUUAUUUACCUUGAUUGUGUGAUAAAAAACACUUUUAUCUAUUAGUUACCUUUUCCUUUGAUUUAUAAUGGUGAAUUAUUGUACAUUGUAAAACUUCCUAAAACUUGCCUGCAAGUAUUUAUAUAAACAUUCAGGUCUGAGAGCUUCAAUUCUUAAGGUUUUUUUUGUUUUGUUUUGUUUUGGGGGAAGAUAGGAAGGCUUAGGCAAAACUCAAGUGUAGAUUCUAUAUACGUGAAGUCUGAAUGGAAGGCAGAGAGAAGGUUUGUCUAGCAUGUAAUCUCUAUCAAGGAAGUUUCUUUUUACUAUUUUAACACCUCACUACUGAAGUAUUGUUAUAAGUCCUGAAUUCCAAGCAUUUUGUACUUUUCCAUAUUUACAUACCAUCUUGCCCUGAAGUUCUUGCUUCUUUUUUUCAAUUGCCAUUAAAUUUUAGGAAAGUUCCAGCUUGUUCUAAAAACUGUCUACUUGCAUAUCAGUGUUGCUUAGUUUUGACUGUUACAUUGAAAGCUUCUCUUUGAAAUAUUGGUGCAUUUCCAGGUGGCCCCUCAUCUUCCUGAAGGUUCUUACUUACUAGCGAAAGACCUUACAAGUGUUGAGGUUCUUGGCUUUUAAUGCAUUGUAGAAACAUGUUUAUAGAUGUUCUCAUUAAAAGCAUCAUUAAAGCAUUCUCAUAAAAAGAAUGAGAAAAGGAUUAUGUGUUUAAAACUUAUUUUAACACUAAAGUAUUAGAAUUUUUAAAAUAAUUAUAUGAUGUGUGAUUUUGGGAAAUCUUAGGAUUAGCUACUGUUUAAGUCACCAUUUCUGUUCGGAUCUUAAAGAAAUAAUUCGGUUUAAUUACUCUGGGGAAGCCUUACUGUUUUUGUCUUUAGUAACUUAUUAUGCCUCUGGAGCGUGUUUAUAAAGUUUUUCUCAGUGAGGAUCCUUGAUGAGUUUUCUUUGGCCCAUUUUUAUAGUAAGUUGAUGGUUUUAUAUCAUCUUUUCCAAUAAAAGAUGCAUUCUCAUUGCUGGCUUUAAGUAGUCCUGGAGAGAUUUAUAAUCAGGUUGAAAAGAACAUCUUUUACCUCUUAACUUCCCUCAGCCUUUAGUUUGUGGGUUGGGAGUUCAGACUGCAACUUGGUAUGAACUUGGCUUGGUCAUGUCGCCUUGCCACUCCUGGCCAGUCGUCCCACACAAGCAUUUUUAGCGUGUUUACUUCUAAUAGUUAUACGGGGCAUUUUCCUAUUCAUGUAUAAAAGGUUUUCAGACUUGCGAUGAAAAGUACUCAUUUUGGGAAAAAAUGUUUUUUCAUUUUUUAAAAUAGUUCCAAAUUAGCUCUUUCUGGUAAAAAUAAUAGAAUCAAAAUUUCAGUUCUUUCAUGAAUAAUCAAAUGAUCACAGAUGACGGUAAACAUCUUUGGAGUCCUACCGUAUUUUAGCAGUGUAUCAACAAGUCUAUUCCGUGGAGGCUGAUGUAUUAACACACACUUUAUACUUGGUAAAAUUGCCUGUGAAUAUUGUUUUGUUUUAUCUGUUCUUGCUCUUUUCUCUUUACAUGAAGUGAAAGGCUUUAGGUAAACUGCCUUGUUACUGAUAGUGUGUUUCCUUAGUAGGUCAUAUCCAAUGUUCUCUACCUGGCUUAUAAAAGUUUUAUUUUUUUCCUAGAGGUUUUUUUUUUUAAUAAUUUAUAUGGAAAUCUUCAUGGGACUUCCCUCCACCCACAUAGAACUAUUGAAAUGUAAUUUAGGGUGAUUUAGGAUGGCUACCAUCUAAGGUACCCAGUGUGGGCUACAUCUUUCUGCCUUACGUUUAGAUCUGACAAGAUUUAAGUCAAAGAAUAGGGCAUAAUGAAGACAGGCUUCAGUCACGAAAGUAAAAACCAUUUGUAUAAGUGAUUUUUUUUUUUAAAUGACAUUAAGAAGUCCAUUGUACAAGACCAUUUGCUGCCAUUGAAUAGUGUUCUUAUGUUUUAUUUUAGUUAGGGGAUUUGGGGAGUGGCUCUCAUCUACCUUGAAGUGUAUAAGACUUAUUUGGGAAGCCUGUUUAAAAGCAUUCAGAUUCCUAGCUUUAUGUCAGGGAUGGCCUCGGUGGGUCUGGGUUGUGACCCUGGAAUUGCCUCUUUGAUAGACACUAUUGCAGGUGGUGCUCAGAGACCAUGAGAGAGACUGCUCCAAGGGGGUGGGGAAGCGCGAUUCAGUAUUGUCUGUCUGGAGGCGAGCGGAUGGACAGCUCUGGCCAGAGGCCCCGAAUGGGUGGUCUGCCUCCAGAGGCCCUGCUCAGAGUUUUCCCAUGUUCAGAGUAAUAAGGAGGGUGCUUCUCAUCUAGAGGAUCAUCUGAGCUCCUUAAAACCAUUGUUGUAAAUCAGAAUGUCAUAGUGCCUUCUCUGAAAAAGGAAUGUACACGUCGUAUCCUACUUACUAACAAAUGUCAUUAGGAUUUGGAAAAAACUAUUUUGAAAGCUGUUUUUCUUUAAAAAAAAAAUUCAGCACUUUGGCUCGAACCCCUCGUCUUUCAUGUACAGAAAACCUGAAGCCAUAAAUAAAAGUAGUAACGAAAAGAAAGGAGAUCACUUAGAAAAUUAGUGACAAAAGUACCCCAUAUCAGGAACGUUUGCAAGUUCUAGGUCUAGAAGCAGAAAGUUUUCAAAAGAAAUUUUUCUUCCUUGGGAAGGAAUUUCAUGUGCCAGACAAAAAUAUAAAUGUAGUGAGUGCUCUUAUGACCAAGGGAAGAUUGCAUUUGAUUCUGGAAGCUUUCUAAUCUCGAUGGCUAAAUGCUGCCAUGGACUUAAGCCUUAAAGGGGUCAAUAUUAAUCCCGAGCAUAUACAAGUUUUCUUUUCAGUUUUUCUUCCUUUUCUUUACAAAAUGAUUCGUUGAAAAUACUUUCUCCUAGACCCUUGCCUUUGAACGGCUUUAAAAUUUAAUAUACUUUUUAAAAAGUGCAAUGAGAUGAGAUUAUGCAAUUUGUUUCUUAAAAGCAUGUUUUCUGUUUCUUAGAUGUAAGGUCAUUUAAUUGAAUAAAGAUCACAGCACCAUA